CUUCUCGGGAGGGGGGCGGGCAGCGAGGGGACUCGCGCGCCGGGCGGCCGUCCGCGGCCCGAGCCGGCAGCAGCCCCGGGCGUCCCCGGAGCGGCGCGGCGCCCGGCGCCCGGCGCAGGCGCCUCCCCUUCCCGUGCGAAGCGUUCACUUCCUUGCAAGGUGAUUUCGUGUUUUUCCAUGAAUGUUUUAAGUAGCUGUACGAGGCUGUUACCGGUAUCCCACUGGGAGAGAACACACAUAUCGAACACUAGAAAGCGAAAUUCCCAGAAAAGCUGCGACCCGCGCACUAAAAACGCCCGCCGCGACCCCCAGACAGCGAGGAGCGAGGGGGAGAGAAAGUUGCGCUCGGAGACUCUCGGCUCGCGGAGGAAGGCGCAGGGGAGCGCCCGCAGCGGCGCGCCCGGACGAGCGCCCGCCCAGCACAGCGCGGCGGCGGGGAGGCGGCAGCAUGGAGCCCCGCGGCGGGACGCGGCCGCGCGGCCGCCGCGCCGCCCUCCUGAGCGGCCCGGGCGCGGCGGUCCAUGCGAGCGGCUCCCGCGGUCCGCGGCGCGCCCGAGCCCGGAGCCGCGGGGAGGGCAAAGUUGGCGCGCCGCGGAUGCCCGCGCCCGGGGCCCCGCGUCCCCGCGCCCCGCGAACUCCGGCGGCGGCUGA